UGAUGGAGGCUGUCGUCUUCAUCUUUUUAUCCAUACUGCUAGUCACUGUAAAUACAACUUCACCACAGAAAAACAACGAAGAAAGCUGCCCUCCUUGGUUUCACUGGGAUGAGGACUCUCAUCAGUGUCAAAGUUGUCCAAUUGGUUAUUACAGUCCUAAUUGUUCCCUGCCCUGUAGAUAUCCAAGCUAUGGCGAGCGAUGUCAGAAGCUAUGUAAUUGUACGGCAGAAUACUGUGCCAGUGAUAAAGGGUGUAUCAAUAAAACAAGUGAGUAUCGGUAAAUGUAUCGCUCAAGUUUAUAACGUUACUAUUCCAUCAUUCAAUCAGUUCCAUAUAGUAAUAUAGAAUAGUGUCUUAGUAAUCUACAAGUAAUGUCCA